AUGCUAAAGGGUUUCAAGAAAAAUGGUAGAGAUAGUGGAAAUAAGAGUAGGAUCACUUCUGCAGAUAUAUCUUCCCCCACAGCAGACCACACCAAUGCGGUGAAACAUAUGAAAACCAUUCCGAUCCGCUCUGGGUCAUCUGCAUCGACACAAUCUGCUGAUCGUGCUGCGGCGCCAAAAGUGCCAGCCAAUGCAGAAAAGGUCAUCAAGGCCCUCUACAACUAUCAAGCUCAAUCUCCACGCGAACUCUCGUUUGUGAGGGGUGAGUUUUUCCUGGUGCAGGCGGAGGACAAGGAAUGGUACGACGCAGCUAGCCCAAAUGAUCAGCGUAGAGGAAUGGUUCCCAAAAGCUAUUUCGAGACUUUCUCUAGAGGACGUUCUGGGUCUCAUAGUAACGUGAGUGGGCAGGGAUUGGUCUCAUCAAAGGGCGAACAACAAGGUCGUGAAAAUGGUAGACAUAUGGGCCAAAGAGCUGGCUCUUUAUAUGCAAUUGUUCUUUAUGACUUCCGUGCUGAAAAAUCCGACGAAUUGACGACUUACGCAGGCGAAAAUCUGUUCAUUUGCGCUCAUCACAACUUUGAAUGGUUCAUUGCCAAACCAAUAGGUCGUCUUGGCGGUCCUGGCCUGGUCCCUGUGGGGUAUGUUAGCAUUAUCGACAUCGACACCGGUUACGCCACAGGGAAUGGUAUUAGCGACGAUAUACAAUCGGCAAACUUGCCUACAGUGCAAGAAUGGAAGACAAAUGUGGCCAAAUAUAAGGCCAGCAAUAUUUCUUUGAGCUCGCCGGAAGCGAAACGUCAGCAGCGUAUGAGCUCAUAUUCAUCCACUUACAAUAACGCCGUACCGUCGCAUGAUUCUUAUUUCAACUCGAACAUUGCUCACGCAUCGGUGGAUAGUUUCUCACUAGAAGGCGACAAGUUUUGGUUUAACGUGGUUUGUGAAAUGUCUGAUGGAAGAGCACGUACAUUAAAGAGAUAUUACGAAGACUUUUAUGAUCUACAAGUGAAACUACUGGACGCUUUUCCUGCUGAAGCAGGAAAAUUGAGAGAUGUACGAGGACAAUGGACAAAACGCAUUAUGCCAUAUAUACCAGGUCCAGUACCGUACGUUACAGAUUCCAUCACGAAAAAGAGAAAAGAGGAUCUCAACAAGUAUGUGCGCGAGCUCAUAUCACUCCCAGUUCACAUUUCACAAUGCGAUAUUGUUCGAUCUUUAUUCAAUAUAAGGAACAACGGAUUCGAUCAGGAAUUCGCCCAAGAACCUACUAUGACCAAUCUCUCACAUGUAGCAGAAGGAUUGGAAAACAUUAUUGCUGAUAGUAAAAGUCCAGCGGACGACUCGACUUUAACAGGCGAUGAACUGAAAGUGCACGAAAUGAUGAAUGGACUUUCAUUGAAAAAUUCCAAACCACAUUCAAGACCUCCCAGCGUAUCUCCACCACAGCUGAAAUCCACAAAAAUAAAGUUUUACUACAAGGACGAUAUUUUCGCCCUAUUGCUCGAUUCCAACAUCACCUACAAUGAGCUGCGCACCAGAAUCGCGCCUCGAAUCGAAAGCCCAUCUUUUAAAUUGUUUGUGAAGCAUGACCACUCGGUUGGCGAUGAAGUGGCUGGAGAUUAUCAGGUCUCCGAAGUGAUACGAGGGAAGCUGAAAAUUCUAGUUGAAGAUGUGUGA